AUGUCGAUUGAGCUGCUCGUGGAGGCGAUCCAUACCUCGCCCAUCCGGCUCUCUCUGUGCAUCUGUGGUGCAGGCGCCGGCGUGAUUCGCCGCCUCACGCGCGUGCCCGAGUGCAGUCGCACCCUGCUCGAGGCCAACGUUCUCUACCAUCGCGGUUCGACGCAGAGAGCAUUAGAUGGUCUGCCGCUUCAUAUCGUCAGUGCUGAUGCGGCUCGGCAGCUGGCGCAGCACGCCUUUCACACGUCUCGCGCGAUCGUCUUUGCCGAGGCGCGCGAGCAGCAGCGGCAGCAGCAGCCUCCAGAACCCGCGUCGACGCUACCCAAGCAGACAGCGACUCUUCUCUUCGGCAUUGGUGCCACGUCUGCUGUCAAGACGAGCCGCUCACGGCGCAGCAGGGACGAGGUGCAUGUGUGUGUCUGGGGCGGAUCGGUCGGUCUACCGGAGGGCUCCUCCCACCAAAGCGGCGGCAGCCCUGCCAUGCUUGGCGCGGUCCGCUACUACCACAUGGACAUGCCGGACUGGUUGAGCAGGGCGGAGCAGGACGAGCAAGUGGAGCUGGUGGUGCUCCACGCCAUUGCGCGCACAGUGGAGUCCUGCAUCCCCGCCGACGCGGAGGUGGUGAGCAGGGACACCAACGCACCUGGUCAGCGCGCCUACCCACGUUCUGUGUUUCAAGCUCUGCUGCCCAGCGCUGCAGAGAGCGCCUCCGCUCGCGGUGAUAAGGUGCGCAUAUCGAGCUCGCCGCCUAGCCUCUCCGUCGUCACGGACGCCGCGCGACUGUGGUCGGUGCCGUCCGAGUCGGCUCCGGAGCCGGUGUGCCUGGAUCCAUCCGGCGAGGUGCGAUGGGCACUGCAGAACGUCCUGGGCGCCGGCGCUUCUGCCGCCGCGUCCGACGGCAGCGUGCGAGACGUGUGCGCUUUGUGGAACCGACAUGGCGAAUUGCACUGUAGCGGUAUUUCUCCGUACUCGGCGGCGCUUCGAAACGCCGCGGCGGCGGUGAUGGAGCAUCAGCAAGAGGGCGGGUACGACCGAAGCGCUGCCCCAGCUGCGUCGAGCAACGUGAUCCGCCUUCUCUACCCUGGGUCUUUCAACCCGCUUCACUACGGACACACGGAGCUGGUGCAGGCGGCCACGCGUGUGCUGCGCCAGCGACAGCAGCAGGACGUGGAGCAGACCUCUCUACCGACGUCGGUAGAGGUGACGUAUGAAAUUGCUGCGAAGGUGGUGGAUAAGGGCGCCAUCGAGAUGGAUGACCUGGCGCGCCGUGUGCACCAGUUCUUGCGCCGCGGUGAGCGGGUUGCCGUGACUGCGGCGCCUCUCUUUGUGGACAAGGCAAGGCUGUUCCCAGGUCACGGCUUCCUUAUCGGCAUCGACACCGCCGUGCGCGUGCUGGACCCGAAGCACUACAGCACGAACGAGGACCCAGCGGAUGCCGAAGCCGCAAUGGUGGCGGCGCUAACCCACGACAUUGCAGGCAGGGGGUGCUAUUUUGUGGUAGGUGGGCGCAAGAUGAGCGAUCCUGCAGGCUGGCGGGAGCUGUCGUCGCUGCGCAUCCCGGAGAGCGUUCAACACUUGUUCGUCGGCAUCCCAGCCACAGAGUUUCGCGUAGAUGUCAGCUCAACGGAGCUGCGUGCCCAGCGCAAGGGUUGUAGUGCGUAA